GCGUAAAAAAACUACCACUUCAGCCACUUCGAUAUUAACUAGAAAUACAUGCAUGCAGCAACCCCUCGCUAAUAUUAAUAACCACAUACCUAAUCACACGAUUAACGUUUGAAAAACAAACCUGAUGACAAAAAUAAAUCGAUCUCAGAUCGGCUACCAAAUUAGUACAACAUCAUUUUGCGGAGUUAGACAUAUGAAUGAAUUAUGAAAAGCAUACAUAUCUAAUAAUAUGGGGUAUAAAUACCCUACGUUAAAAACGCCCAGCAAAAUUUCUAGCUGGAAAACUGCACCGUUUGAUGCUCCACGAUCCCAUUGUAGUUUAGUGUGGUUUUUUUCUGGAAAUUCUGCGACGUAAAAACGUGACAAUAUAUAUUGAUUUUAAGUCCCUAAGCGCUUACAAUAUUUCAUUCUGGGUUCUGACUUAUUUGAUAUUGGCUAGAACCUGUAAACGUAAACUAGCAAAUAAAUAAAUAUUGUGAACAUUGUUCUAGAUAAAAUAUGAAUAGUUUACCUAGAACAUUUUAAAAUAUUUUGUAUCACACCCCCCCCCCGAAUAAUUCAGACGACAACGCGCAUGCUCGCUUGCCAAUUUGUUAUGUUUCGAACAGUUUCUAUGUUACAAUUAUUAAGCGGAGGAGUUAUAAAUAUUAAUUUUUACAAAUUUCGUACCUCGAUCGGGACGUCCUGUUUAAAGUGAAACAGAGAAAGGCCGUUAACGGUUAACUAAUAAGUUUAGAAACAAUUUUUUUAUCGUCUCAAGUGAAGAGAAUGGAUGAAGACUGUGAAUGGUAGGAUUUCGGGGAGCGAGUUUGAAGUACUAUCGUAACUUGUGUUGAUUUGAAAUCACCGUAGUGCGGAAGGAAUUUUGCAAAGAAUGGCUCUUCUAUGACGGCUGCGAUGUAUUGAAAGGUUAUAUUUCUCGAAAAUUGUUUGUGAAGCGACUUCAAGUGCGUUUUUCCCGAAGUCAGAAUCAAGAUGAUGGCAACACGGAAGCCUAAAGUUGCUCCAUCGAAAUCAAAACAUUCUCAAAAGGAACAAAAAUCGUCGUCAUCUGAGGACAUUGAACUUAGAGACCAAGCUUGGACAGACGUGGAGAGUGGCUCUGGUAGUGAGCAACUAAAAGGAAGCCUUAUAUCUGUGAAGGAGGCUGAGGACGGCAUCGACAAUACUGAAUUUGGAGGGACACCUGAACCCCAGACCACGUCUGAAGUAAAUUCCACUCACGAGACUUUCUUCAGUGAAAGCACAAGAAAUGGUUUUUCACAUGAUGGUGAUGCAGAGUCGGAAACAACAUCGGAAAGUCAGAAAAAGACAAAGAUAAAAAGAAAUACAGUAAGUCCUGUUGAUGAGGAAGUCAUUGAGAGUGGAAGAGAUACACCUGAGAGCCUGCCAUCUAAAGGUGCCUGGGAAGACACUCCUUUGUCGAGACCCUCAUCUGCGCCCGCCCAAGAAGGGGAGCGUGACAGCGGUAAGAAGGGAAAGAAAAGGCGUGUAACUGUUGGACCGAUAGAAGAGAUCACGCAACGACCUUGGAGUCGUUCCGCAAUCAUAAACAAAGGAUACAUUGGAGAUAACAAGCCCGGUUCUGAUGUUGAUAUAAAAACUGAUAGCACAUCUGGUAGUCGUGUUUCGCUGUUGAAAAACCCGUUUUCUAAAACUGCCACCGUAGAACCGUUCAGUCCUGAACCAGAGAACGAUGGGGACAUUGAACCAGGAGUACACUCUGCAGCGAAUGGUGACAAUCCAGACGAAAGAGCAGCGUCUUCUGCCUCGAGUGGAGUUCUCGCACUACCAGCUUCAGCAGGAGAACAGAAUGCUUAUAUUCCUUUAACCUACGCGAAGGACUGCUUGCAAAAGGUCAUGGACGACAUGAAGAGAAUGAAAGGUUUGCAUCUGAAGAUCGUUGGGCAAAUUCAAGAACAAUACAAGUUGAUCGAAGAAGACAGUCGAGGACAGUUUAAUCAAUACGUCAUCUCGAUUCGUGAUCAAUAUCAAUCGAAAGUCGCAACAUUCCGUCAGGUCAUCGAAAUACAUCAGGCUGAUUUGGAAAACAAAGAAUCGUUCUGGAAAAACAGUUAUGAGAGUUUGAAAGAGAAAAACAGAACACUUCUUCAAGAGAAAAGACAACUCUUGUUGAAAAACAAGGACGAAUUCUCCAGGUUGGAGGCCGAAAAGAUUGUUAUCAUAAAAAAUCUCACGAAUUUGCUGGACGAAAAACAUGCGAAAUACAUUCAAGUGAAACGCCAGCUUGGUCAACUACAGAACAGCAACCGCGAAAUGGAAACAGAACUGGUUCAAUUGCGCGAGACCUGUGGCAACAGCGAUGUCCAACACGCCGAGGAAAUGGCGAAAACAAAGGCAGACAUGGAAGAUUUGAGCUCUCUCAAAGAGAAACAAGGAGCCGAGCUUGUGGAAGUGAAGUCCAGGUUGGAAACGAUCGAAAAGGAAAACCAAGAGUUGAAGACGGUGGUUGAAAAGGAGAAAGAAGAAGUGGAAAGAAAAACCAGUGAAGAAAACGAAUUGAAGGAAAAGAGCGGGAAGGAAUAUGAGGCGUUACAAGUGGAAAUAAAGAGAUUGAAGGAAGAAAAUGAGAAUUUGAAAGUUGAAGUCCAAAACACUCAAACGCAAGCUGCAACAGUUGUUGUCGGUACGGUUGCUGCCAGUAAAGUUGGGAAAGACAUUGAAAAAUCCACGGAGCAGGCAAAAGUGAUUGAACCAGUUCCUGUCAUAUCGUCUGAAGAAGAAGCUCGACUUAAGACAGAAAUAUCGUCACAGAAAGAGAAGAUAAACAGUUUGGAAGAAGAUCUCGCCAAAAGAAAUGAGAAGUUCACGGCUCUUGACGAUAAUGUUAGGUCACUGACAGCCGAUAAGGAAAGAUACGAAAAUCAACUGACUUCUCUUCGUCAGGAUCUCACUCAGUCUCGACAGCGUUCCGAAGCCCUGCACUUGCAGUUGGAAGGUCUUCUUUCAGCGGUUUCGCCGAAUCAGGACGAGAAGCAGACGGAGGUUCAGCUGAAGAAAGCCGUCGAAGAAAAAACCGACUUAAUGGUGGAAGUUGAGAAAUUGAAAGGCGAAGUGGAAGAAUGGAAGGAAAAGUACAAACAGGAAAAUGAUCAGAAGGAAAUUUCCGAGGAUGUCAGUGAGGAAUAUGAGCAGUUGGUCAUGAGGCUAGCCGAAGAGGAGGCGAAGGUUCACGAGAAUGAGACGAAGAUCGCAGUAAUGACAAUGCUAAAAGAAGGCAGCGUGCCUGAGAACUUACCCACACCAGCGGGAGGUCUUAGUAAAGAUUUGGAAGAACUGGAAGAGAAGUUGAGUAAGAAUCAGGAAGAACGAGACAGUUUGAAUCUUGAGCUGGAACGAGCCAGGAAUGAUCAAGAUGAGCUGCAAGGAAAGUUGGGUGACGCCGAGGAAAGGAUUCAAGAAUUGGAAAAUGAGCUUGAGGAAAUCCGUCAGGAGUUGAUCGACGCCAAAAAUGCGUCCAGCGGAGAAUCCAUAGAGGAGGUAACAAGCCACCUCGAUGAACUUAAACAGCAACUUGCUCAGGCGCAACAAGAAAAAGAGAUUGAAAAGACGCGAAGCAACGGACUCUUAGAAGAAAUAGAAAAGUUAACAAUCGAAAUGAGCAAUGCCCGCGAUGGCUCCAGCACUGAAGUCGAUGAACUAAAAGCGAAGUUGGCCUCGACUCAAGAAACUCUACAAGGAGAAUCAAAAGUUCACGAAGAGCAACUCGGUAAAGCCAAAGAAAGGAUUGCUGAAUUAGAAAAACAGUUGCGCGAUAAUCUGCCCGUCGAUGUUGGAAAAGAACUCGAGACAUGUCAAGCCAAAGUUAAUGCUGUCGAAGUUGAAAAGGUUGAGAUGACAAAGAACAUGCUAUUGCUCCAAGGAAGCAACAAAGAACUCACUUCUAAAGUCGAUUCUUUAAAUAAAACCAUCGAAGCAAAUAAAAAGACAAAGAAAGAACUUCAGGAGAACCACAAGAAAUCUCGCGUCGAAAUGGAUGAAAAACUGAAGAAUCUUUCAAACCAGGCCGAGAUCAAACACAAGAAGCAAGCUGAUGAGCACAACAAGAAAAUUAAAAGCUUACAGCAGAAGAUUAAAGAGCUUGAGACGACAUCGACCCAAAAGGUUGCCGCAGUUCCUGUUCAGAAAAAGGAUUCCCGAGUGGAGGAAAAGCUUCAGAGAGAAAAGGAAAAAUUACAUGCUCAAGUAGAAGCAUUGAAGAAAGCUGCUCAGGAAGACAGCCAAAAAAUGAAGUCUUUGGAAAAGGAUCUUAAGGAGGCGAAAGCGAAGCCGUCUGGGGGUGGAGGUGCCGAAGAUCGAAUUGCUUUGAAGAAAACAGAAAAGCAAUUGAAAGGUGAGUCUUCUAAUCUGGAUAUGGAAAAGAAGAAAAACGAAAGAAACAAAGAAAAUAUGACCAAACUCGAGGAGGAACAUAAAGAAUUGAAAAAGACUUACGAUUCACUAAAUGCUGAAAGCAAAGGGGACAAGGCCGAACUGUUGAAACUUGGAGUUGCAGCAAAGGAAGGGCUCGAAGCGCAGGAGAAAGUCCAGGGAUUAACAACUGAAGUUAAGAAAUUACAGGAAGAAAAUAAAACGUUGACUGAGAAUUACAACAGUGAACGAAUACUUCGUAAGAAAUAUUACAACAUGGUCGAGGACAUGAAAGGCAAAAUCAGAGUUUACUGCCGUUCAAGACCGCUCAGCGGUUCAGAACUUGAAAGGGGCAACCAUUCUGUCAUCAAAUCGCCUGAUGAAUACAGCAUAUCAGUUGAAACUGCUAGAGGACCGAAAGAAUUUCAAUUUGAUCAAAUAUUUACAGAAGAGAGCACACAGGAAAAAGUGUUUGAAGACACAUUUAAUCUUGUACAGUCAGCGGUUGACGGAUAUAAUGUGUGUAUCUUCGCUUAUGGUCAAACGGGCUCAGGAAAAACUUUCACGAUGAUUGGCGAUAAGGACCAAAAGUUUCCUGGUAUUGCACCUCGAGCCAUGGAGAGAAUCUUCGCAGUUAUAAACGAAAACAAGGGGAAAUUCGCCUUUAAAGUCUCUGUGUACAUGUUGGAGUUGUAUAACGAUCGUUUGAUUGAUUUGUUAGCAGAAAAUAGUAAUACAGACGCAAAGUUGGACAUCAAAAAGGACAAAAAGGGGUUGGUCUUCGUUCACGGAGCAAAUGUCCUUGAUGCAGCAGACGCACAGUCUUUAUACGGUAUUUUUGAAAAGGGAUCUGAAAAUCGCCAUGUUGCUUCGACCAAAAUGAAUUCUGAGAGUUCGAGAUCACAUCUUGUCCUGAGUAUCAUAAUUGAAAGUACAAACAAGACAACUGGUUCUGUGCUCAAAGGAAAGUUGAGCUUGGUAGAUUUAGCCGGUUCUGAGAGAGCUUCGAAGACACAAGCGAGUGCAGAACAGCUAAAGGAAGCCCAAAGUAUCAACAAAAGUCUCAGUGCGCUGGGUGAUGUCAUAUCUGCCUUGUCAAGCGAACAACAAUUCAUCCCAUAUCGAAACAACAAGUUAACGAUGUUGAUGCAAGAUUCUUUAGGUGGAAACGCCAAAACGCUUAUGUUCGUCAAUAUCUCGCCAGCGGACUACAAUACAGAUGAAACUGUCACGUCUUUAACCUACGCGUCAAGAGUCAAAUUGAUCACAAAUGAUGCUUCGAAGAAUGCAGAAAAUAAGGAAAUCGUCCGGCUAAAGGGAAUCAUUGCAAAAUUGAAGCAAGGUGAAAGUGUGGACGAUGAAGAACAAUAAACGUCUUUUGUUAUUUAUAUAUUUAUUGUCCAGUAUACCGCAACAAAAUUCACGUUUUCCUUGGAACGAAUUCAUACACCAUUUACGCUCUUAAGCAUCUACCACCUCACAUCUUCAUUUUUUCAUCCAAUAUCAUCCCCAAUUAUCCUUCGUUCAUCUCAUUUUCCUACUUAUAUUUUCCAACUUAACUUAACCCGUUUUAUCAGUAUCCACCACCUGAUCACCUCAUAUCUUCUUCAGAUCUUUUAGUUCCAUAUGAACUCUCUGUCAGCUGUUUCUGGACUGACAUCUUCCUAGCACUAUGAUGCCAUUGCAUGAUUCUUUCUUUCUUUUUCUUCCGAGUUUUUUGCGAGUUUCAUAGGUACAUAGUUUUAUAUCAUGUAAACACUGGCCACGUCAGGAACUGCUGGACAGUCCUGUGCCACGAGUUGUAAAUAAUUGUAAAAAUAUCAGGCGAUAAUAAAAUCUUUUUGUAAGUCUCAU